AUGAUACUCCGCAAUGGGUCAUUUGAGCUGCACAUUGAUGGCGAUGAAGGCUUCAGGGUGAAAAUCGUACAACAGACGUCGUGGGUCUUGGCCGCAUUCCAACUCUCCCCGUUCCCGGAUGAAACCAUUGCGUACUCUUCGUCACACUUUGAAGUCGUGGUUCAUUCCUCUUCCCCAACGCGGUGUGGCACUCUCCACUCCCGCUUCCAGGUGCUACAACCAGACGAAAGAUAUGUGUGCUGGCUCUCUCUGUUUUCAGACGCGGUGCUCGCUUACGGGUUCCCUAUCCCAGAGAGAACGAGUGGCUUGGGCUUGGAGAUAUCAGCCGAGCUAAUGGCGGCCAUCAUAGGGGCUCGCCAUGCAGUUACAUAUGAUCAGGGUGUCGUCAUCAAGGGAUUUUCGUCCAUGUUCAUACCAGUGAAGCGGGUGCCAGAUGGGGGAUCCUGUGGCAUUAAGUGGCAAACCAGGAUCCAGACUUACAACACUCUUAUGAGAAAGGGGUCCGCCAAUGUCCUGACAGAGCGCGAUUGUCAACGUGGAUUUGGAGGACAGCUUGAUGCUUUAUUGGCGAGCAUAAAGAUAGGCUACAGAAGUGAAGAACUCUCUACGGAUCCCAGGCGCCAGCGUAGGUUCCAACAAUUCGGAUUGACCCAGAUCGACGUCACACUGGGCAAGAGGGAUGGCAAGUGCCACUUUCAACGCAACACGUCCUACCGCCGAAUCGUCUCUGCUACAAAGCGAACCGUUGUGCUCUUGUUCGAUACUGGCGAACGUCGCGGAUGGCUUGUGAAUGCAACAGGGGUUCUCUUGCACAACCUUCAUCAUCGCAUGCCGCUGGGUGUCGGCGGAGUCCCGGCCAGUAGUGUAUCGCUAGACUCAGCAGGAAGCAUUGAAGAGACACUGCUCAGGAAUGCAAAACUCCGAAUCUCUUUGCGAGAGGAAGAGAUAUUUGUGGAAGAAGUCGUCACGGAUAUAUGGUCGAUUGUCGAGCUACUACAGGCUCAAAGCAUAGCAACAGAUGCUUUGGCCGAGGACUGGUCCCCCAUGCCGCCGAAAAUGACGAAUAUUACCAAGACAUGCGGCGAGUGGCCGCAGCUCGUUCGCGAUGUCAACACACUGGUCCUCCUUGGGAAUGGCUUCGGCGAAAUCAUACGUCCUCUUGGCAAUCUAAAAACGCUUUGCCACCGUAUGAUGGCCCUCCCCCGAGAUAAGGAUUACCUGGCCAUUCCAGUCAGCGUUCUCCUAGAACUCUACUCAUUGGCGGGUGCAUGCCUUUCAAAGAGCCGGCUUACGGCAACCAAUCUACAGCUGCACGAUUGUUUGCAAAUCCUCCUUGGUCAGAUCCAAGUGUCCGAUCUUCUAGAACGCGAUGGAGCAGUGAUAAUAGGCGAGUCUGGUUCCCCUGCUACUUCGAUAGACGAGAGCGUUGACUCCACGGACUAUUCCAAGAGUCUGACCGUCCCAUCAUUUGACUUCUGCCUUAAGAAGAAACGUGUUGCUCCUGAAAUAUUGGAAAUCCACGCCAAGGACUCGCUGGAUAUGGCACUUCAUGGUCCUAGGCCGAGGAAACAGGCGCGUUUGUAG